AUGGAGUCGACAAAGAAUGGAGUUCCUGAGAGUGAGAAUCUAGUAACUCUGAACAUUAACGGUAGUCGUUUUGAAAUCAAACCGAAAAUUUUCAAGGAUAUAGUGGCGUCGGCAUUCUUGGAACUGCCCGAAGAAAAUAAGUUAGAAUAUUAUUUCGACAGGCAUGCACCAUCUUUUCGUGGAAUUCUGGAUUAUUUUCAGCGCGGAGAACUUCAUCUACCAGAAGAUUUCCUAACGUACAUGGAAUACGUUGCUAUGGCUUUCUUCUUAUUGGAAUUUAUUCUCAGAAUUGCUACAUGUCCGAAUAAACGUCUCUAUUUUAAAGACGCUGUGAAUAUUUGUGAUAUUAUAGCCCUGAUAACCAUGUAUGUUAAACUGACCGUAGAUCACCUGCAACCAAGUGAACGUUACAGCAUUUCAUUGUUCGACUUCAUUGGAUUCCUGCAAAUAGCUCGUGUGUUCCGCUUUUUCAGAAUUGUGAAAGACGUCAUGGGUUUCCGUGUAUUGGUUUACACCAUUAAAAUGUCCACUAAAGAACUGGCAUUGUUGACAAUGUACUUGGCACUGUGCGUUGCAUUGUUUUCGGUAGUGGUUUAUUAUUGUGAACGUGACAACAUGAAAAGUAUACCUGAUGCUAUGUGGUGGGUUGUUAUCACCAUGACAACUGUUGGAUAUGGCGACAUGGUACCAAUUACAUUUUUGGGGAAAAUUGUUGGAAGUCUGGCCGCGAUUUCAGGAGUUCUUCUUCUCGCUGUUACCAUUCCUGUCUUUGUCAAUAAUUUUAUUCUAUUUUAUACGUAUUCCAAAUCAAUGGAUUUCAACAAAGCUCAAAAAGAGAAAAAGGGCAGUGUCACAACUAUAAAAGUGAGUCCUUUGGCGUGA